AUGCGUGAGCUUGUGCAUGUCCAGGGAGGUCAGUGCGGCAACCAGAUUGGAGCCAAGUUCUGGGAGGUCAUUGCGGAUGAACACGGCAUUGACCCCACUGGAACAUAUCAUGGAGACUCCGACCUGCAGCUCGAACGCAUCAAUGUCUAUUUCAACGAAGCCACGGGAGGGCGCUACGUGCCCCGUGCAGUCUUGAUGGAUUUGGAGCCUGGAACCAUGGACAGCGUUCGUGCUGGGCCAUUCGGACAACUUUUUCGUCCGGACAACUUUGUCUUCGGCCAGACGGGCGCGGGCAACAACUGGGCAAAGGGACACUAUACGGAGGGAGCCGAACUGAUUGAUUCAGUUUUGGACGUGGUGCGAAAGGAAGCAGAAGGCUGCGAUUGCUUGCAGGGCUUCCAGCUUUGCCACUCGCUGGGUGGUGGAACUGGCGCAGGCAUGGGAACGCUAUUGAUCUCCAAGGUCCGAGAGGAGUACCCAGAUCGCAUUAUGGAGACCUUCUCCGUGAUCCCAUCACCAAAGGUGUCAGACACGGUCGUGGAGCCUUACAAUGCAGUCCUCAGCUUCCAUCAGCUGGUGGAGAACUCAGAUGAGUCCUUCCUGCUGGACAACGAGGCAUUGUACGACAUAUGCUUCCGCACGUUGAAGCUGACCACACCAACCUAUGGUGACCUGAACCACUUGGUGUCUGCAGCCAUGAGCGGUGUGACUUGCUGCUUGCGCUUCCCCAGACAGCUGAACUGCGACUUGCGCAAGAUCGCGGUGAACCUGGUGCCCUUCCCUCGUUUGCACUUCUUCAUGACUGGCUUUGCACCUCUGACUUCUCGCGGCUCCCAGCAGUAUCGUGCUCUCACGGUACCUGAGCUGACGCAGCAGAUGUUUGAUGCCAAGAACAUGAUGUGCGCAGCAGACCCUCGUCACGGCCGAUACUUGACAGCCGCGGCCCUCUUCCGUGGCCGUAUGUCAACUAAAGAGGUGGACGAACAGAUGCUCAAUGUUCAGAACAAAAAUUCUUCCUACUUUGUUGAAUGGAUUCCGAACAACAUCAAGGCCUCCGUUUGCGACAUCCCACCAAAAGGGCUCAAGAUGGCAGUGGCCUUCGCCGGCAAUUCGACCGCUAUCCAAGAGAUGUUCAAGCGGGUGGCAGAGUACUUCACUGCCAUGUUCCGCCGCAAGGCCUUCUUGCAUUGGUACACAGGCGAGGGUAUGGACGAGAUGGAGUUCACUGAGGCGGAGUCAAACAUGAAUGACUUGGUCUCGGAGUACCAGCAGUACCAGGAUGCUACAGCCGAAGAGGAGGGUGAGUUCGAUGAGGAAGAGGGCGAAUAUGACGGAUGA